AGCGACCGAUCGCCCCGUUGGGAUUCUUCGCUUCUUCCUCGAGAUGUUUUCUAAAAUGUGUUCUGUUGCUCAAAAGUUUGGUAAUCGAUAUUACGGAAAAGUUGGAAUAAUUGGAGUGCCUUUCGAAAAGGGUCAGCGAAAACAAGGAGUUGGCGAUGGUCCAGACGCAAUACGGGCCGCCGGACUAGUAAAGGAAUUACAACAUUUGGAUUUGAAUGUGAAGGACUAUGGAAACUUAUCAUACGAGGUUGAAGAUACGCAAGGAGUUGAUAAUAUGCCACAUCUGAGCGAGGUCGCAGCUUGCAACUGCAAUCUUUCGAAAAUGGUCCAAGAAAUCCUAGCAGACGGCCGCCAAGUACUGACUCUGGGAGGUGAUCAUAGUUUGGGCAUUGGAAGCAUCGACGGCCACGUUAAAGUCAGUAUUUCCGAUCAUCUUCCAAAUCCACGUUUUUCAACAAAUCUUUACUCGUAUACAUUUCUCUGUCAGGCUCAUACCGACGUUGCUGUUUUGUGGAUCGACGCCCACGCCGAUUUAAAUACAAAUAAGACGAGCGGUAGCGGAAACGUUCACGGUAUGCCGGUUGCUCUCCUCACUUCUGAAUUGUCCGAUUAUUGGCCUCAUUUGCCUGGCAUGGAUUGGCAGCGACCGAUGCUAUCGAUCCGAAACGUUGCGUACAUCGGUCUACGAUCAGUCGAUCGCUACGAGCGUCUUGUUAUCGAAAAGUUUGGAAUCACGGCUUUCGGAAUAGAAGACGUCGAACGAUACGGUAUUCACGACGUUGUUCACAUGGCUCUGUAUCGGAUAGAUCCGAGAAACGAAAAAUCGUUGCACGUUAGCUUUGAUAUAGAUUCUUUGGACCCGUUGGAAGCACCGAGCACAGGAACACCAGUUCGAGGAGGUCUCAGUCUCCGAGAAGGGAUACAUCUUAUGGAAGAAAUUCACAGAACUAAUCGUCUCAACGCUAUCGAUCUCGUUGAAGUUAAUCCACGUAUCGGUACAACAAGCGACGUUGAGCUUACCGUUAACGCUGCAAUUCACCUAAUUCAGGCUGCGCUUGGCUACACACGAAGAGGUCUGAAGGUCCCCGAAGGAAUUACCGAUAUGCCCUUGCAAACAUUUCGGUAAACUCAAACGAGCGUUCCUCUAAUUAUUUUAUGAAAUAUUCCAUACCGGUCGUUCGUCUCCUGUAUUCAAACUGAAUAGGAAAAAUAUUUUUCUACAAAAAAUCUAUGUAUUUUUUUUUAAGUAAUUAUAACUGAAGAAAACUAUGUGGAAAGAGAAAUAAAUAAACGAUUGCAAGGUUGUCGAGUA